AUGCCCGCACAAUUUAUCGUUUCGCCGUUGCCGAACAAUAUCGCCAAAAAUUGCGAAACCAUCAUCACAUCUAGACCCUCAUUGACCAAGACCACUGGCUGCAUCCCUAUAAUGCUCAUAAUCAUCCUCCGGAUGUCCUUUCUACUGGUCGUGAACGUACCAAAUAUGACAUCCUGCACCUGUACCAAUACCCCUGAUCCAGAAAAUGGGCUCAAACCCUACUGGCAGCCACGGGUUGGCGCUACGUGGCAGAUUGUGCUCUCAGCCCCUAUUCAAGACUCAUCGCUAGAAGUCGACGUCUACGAUAGAGAUUUGUGGAUAAACGAGGAAGCAAUCAUAGACUACUACCUGCAUCACAAAGGGUCUAAAGUGACAUGUAACUUCUCUGCAGGUAGCUAUGAAAGCUGGCGACCUGAUAGAGGGAGAUAUGAAGACUCAAACCUAGGCCAAGACUUGGAUGGUUGGCCAGACGAAAGAUGGGUCGAUAUUCGCUCCAAAAACACCCGCAAUAUUAUGAUAUCCCGUCUGGACAAAGCACAGCGCAUGGGUUGUGAUGGUGUUGAUCCUGACAACGUUGACGGAUUCGAGAAUGAGAGCGGACUGGACCUCACACAGCAGGACUCCAUUGAGUUCGUUAACUGGCUUGCGGACGAGAGUCACUCCCGUAGCAUGUCAAUCGGUCUUAAGAAUACAAUGCCAAUUCUUUCUGCCGUGAUGGGUAGCAUCCAGUGGGCUCUUAACGAACAAUGCAUCGAAUACAAGGAAUGCAUGGAUUACACCGAGCUUACGCGCAGUGGGGAGCCUAUCUUCCACAUUGAAUACGCAACAAACCAAAUUACCGACAAGGAAGUCUGUAGUUUCAAGCAAUCGGAGAACUUCUCAACCAUUGUUAAAAAUGCUCAUCUGGAUGAGUGGGUGAAAUCUGCUAAUUCAAUGACCCUAUGGUUGAGUUAG